AUGGGCGAAUGGAUGCAUGGAUUGUGUGGAUGUUUUGACAAUAUCGGAAUAUGUAUCGUUGCUUAUUUCGUCCCGUGCUACACGUUUGGGAAAAACGCCGAAGCGGUUGGCGAUAGUUGCUUACUGUGUGGAAUCGCCUACUUCGUCCCCUUUCUGAAUAUUUUCGCCGCUGUUAGCAUCAGAGGAAAACUUAGAAACCAGAAAGGGAUAGAUGGAAGCUGUCUGGGCGACUUUUUUUCCAUCAUCUGCUGUCCUCUGUGCUCGCUCGUUCAAGAGGCUCAGGAGUCCCAGGGAUUUGGCCCCAUGUCCAUGGUGCGGGAAUAA